GAUUCGAAUUUGGGAGAUUCAGGAAGCCCUAGAAUUUUCCUCUACCUGAGAAUUAUCGAUUGUCAGCAUACAAGCGGUAGCGCGGUUUCUGGAGGUCGAAGAAGCCAUGGGAAACCACUUCUCUUGCGUCUGUGCCGUCGAUUUCCCCGUCGUCAGACUCGCCGACCUCGCCGGUAACGUCCACGAGUUCCCGUCCGCCCGCGCCGUCGCCGAGCUCAUGAUCGAGUUCCCCGGCCGCGUCGUCGCGCCGGCCGACGAGGUCCUGAACUCGCGCCGGGUCCGAUCGCUGCGAGCCGACGAGGAGGCGAAGCCCGGGAAGCUCUACGUGCUGUUUCCCAUGGAGAGAGUGAACUCCAGGGUUGCCGACCACGAGGUGGCCGCCGUGGCAGCGGCAGUGUCGCGGCGAUCGCGAGCGAAAUCCAGCGGGGCGAAGGUGUUUCCGACGGCCGUAGUGGAGGCCGGAGCCCCGAAGAAAGUGAGGAUCGAGGCGCCGGAAACAGGUCUGGCGGGGUUGCGGCUUCCGAAUUACCGGCGGUGGCGACCGGAGCUUCAGAGCAUCAAUGAGCUCAAGUGCAUCAGAUAAAUCCCCAACAGGAUUUUCUCUUUUCCCAAAUGGACAACACUCUUUUGAUUUUUACAAAAAAUUCUCUCGCGGGUCUCAAUUAUUGACCCGAAAGUAUACGGGGCUAAUGCCCCAUUAUCUGGAUCUGUUAGAUUCUGAAAAUUGAAUUUGUCAAAGAUGGAAGGUCUUCUCCCGAUAAUUGUUAGAAUUUUAUCUUUAUGAUGA